CCCAUAGACAUCCUGAGCUAUAUUCUGUCCUGCCCACUUGCGGUGCCCAGCCGACAUGGGCGAAGGAAGAGGAAGCGGGGAUGUCAGGACUCGUCUUGCAGCCAGGCUGCGGGUUUGCAUCCUGGGUGGCACCGCCUUCCUGAACAACGAGUCAGCAGACCUGGUGAAGGAGCUGGCGUCAGAACUGCACAAGCGCUUCUCAGGAGAUGGAGUGAUCUUCAUCACCUGUGGCCAGCAAGGCGUCCAGGAAGCUUUCGCCAAAGGAUGUGGCGAUGGCUCCUUGGUGAGGAACCUGCUUGCUCAAGGCGAAAUUUGUCACUUCCGCGCGGGUCAGGACAUUGUGGCGGGGAGGGACGCGGACCAAGUGAAGAAGUUCUUUUUAGAUGUGGGUGAUGUGUACAUCACUGUGGAGGGUGGUCCUGGUGUAGCGCAAGAUGCGCGGCUGGUCAUGGCACGGAAUGCAUCAGUUCUGGCACUGAAGCGGACAGGUGGAGCCAGUGCAGGGAAGUUUGACUUCCCGCAAGCCGCCCUCACUCCGGACUUUGCCACAGAGGAGCAGUGGGAACUGCUGUGUAGCAGUGCCACCCCUGUCAACAAAGCUGCCGGCAUUGCUGCAGACUUGGUGAGCGUCCUUCUCCAGGCGAGGGGCAGAGCUUCGACGCUGCCUUUAACAUUGGAGAUGUCCAACUCUGACAGUCUUGUGAGUUGGCCAAGCACCUCCACCAUGACCUCCGUGAUCUAUGCGAAUAACCGGAGGAAAUGGACGAUUGCCGUCUUCAUCGUUGCAAUCUUAGUCAUCGUGAUUCUGGUGAUCGCGGGCAUUCUUUACUUCCAAGAAUCCUCAAAGAAGGAUUCAACCGAGACACAAGCGACGCAAGUGGAGUUGGUCUUCCCUGAGAAGACUCGAUUCCUCAGUUGGAACUCCUAGAGUCUAUCUAGAGAUCACCAUGAUGAUGUAUCCCG